AUGUUUGGCCAGACACUCCGGGCUUCGCGCCAAUCCCUCGCCCGAGCGGCUGUCCGCCCAACCAGCGCCGUCGCCCGCCGCACUUUUAUCGCGCCCACCGCCGUGCGCCAGGCCGACCUUGUGCAAGACAUGUACCUCAAAGAAUUGAAAGCCUACAAAGCGCCUGCCAUCAAGGCCAACGACUCCGAGGGCCAAGUCCACAAAUUCUCCAUCCCAAAGACCCCCGUCUCCCCCGAAGAGGCCGAUUUGCAGAACGAUUUGCAGGCCUACGAGCAGCAAGUUCCCGAGGUUGAGGGACAGGCUGCUGAAGGUGCUGCUGCUCCUGUGGAGGACUGGUGGGUUGAGGAGGCUGAGGAGGAGACUUCCGCAAAGCACUAG